AUGAACCGCGUUGGGUGGUAUACUUAUCCUUACAACCCACAUAUCCUGGUCGGGACAUAUGCGGCAUUCCCCCAUCAUGGAGGCUUCAGAUACAUGGUACCAGUCACCACUCAUCCUGUCGCCCCUGACCAUCCGAUUUCUUCGCAGUGGGAUGUCGUCUCAGGCCGUAUCAUAGAAAUUCUGGACCGUGUAGGGACUCAGUGGGUGGCCGUUGAAUGCUUUGAGCGGCGCCAGGUGCACAAUGAUAGGCAUAGGGGAGAAUACGCAGAGAUACGCGAGACCACAGUCCUUAUUACGGUGCAGGAGUUCCCUUAUAUUGAUUCCGACUAUAAAAAGAUACUUCAUGAAAUCUACGAAUGCUCAGGAGGGCUCUUCAUUGAGCUGUUGGGGGGAACUGUCUGGUGCGGCGCAACGGAGACUGCCUAUGGAUGGUCCAUCAACGUACGUGAUCUGCGCUUCCCAGAUGCCAGUGACGAUAAGGGUGGGAAGCUAUGGGGUCCCUACGGGGGUAAUCUAUCCUCCAACACCUAUGUUGCUACGGAUGGGAUUGACAAGUCCCUGGGAAACUUCAGUUGUUAUUUGCUCCUGUCCAAGCCUGGCGAGAGAUUUGCCUCGGAUGUCAAGGAGUGCUGGAAGAAUAUCAGAAUCCGAUGCCCAACUACCCAAGAGUUCGCAAUAGACACCUUUGGGAAGCUUGUCGAUGACCCCGAGUAUGAGGACGAGGAAGAGGAGCACAUUGGCAAUGUUCUGGCUAGUUCUGGUUUAGCAGUAUCAAAGGACGACAACUGCAGGUUAGAUUGGGCAGUGGUUCUCUGCCAGCCAGGGAAAUGCGGAAAAAACGUUAGUAUGGGCAACGUGCAUCGAAACACGACAACAGUGACAAUCGACAGUUGGGCCAGACCUACUGGUAACAGUGAGAGCUAUCUUGCUGGAAGAAGAGAGAAGGGGUAUCUUAACACGGUGAAGAGCUGUAUCUGUUAUAGGAAUGCCGGGCAAGAAACUAGAACCAAAGAGUGGGCAGCUAUCGGUGGAUGCAAGGGGCAUUUCGUCUACAACGACCCCUGCGGCCAGCUCGUUGUUGGGAAGUCCAACGACGAGGCUCUCGGAGUCGUCUGGGGAGGAACCAGAUCCAAACUGACGAUUGAUGUAGCGGCGAUAUAUAUCACACCGCUGCACAUCAUUGCCCAGGGCAUCCGUGAGGCAACUGGCUACGAUGUUUCACUCGCUGGGGGGUCUAAAAUUGUCUGA